GCGCCCAGAUCCCCGAAGUCGAGUCCCCCGCGCAAUCGACGGCCCUCAUCGACAAAUAUCUACCCAGAUUCCACCCCCAUCGCUCCACCCCCACCCCUCCCUCAUAUCAUUUCAGAGAAAAACCCAAAUCAUGGAACGCCUCUCGAUCAACGAACCCCCCGCCGGCGCCCCUCAAGGCAAUGCGCCGCAGGGCUUCCCUCCGCAGAACAACAACACCCUCGGACCCAUGACGCAUGGGCCCCCGCAGUUGCCGCCGCAGAUGUUCACCACCGCCGCUCAGCUGUUGGACUUGACCGAUAAGAAACUUGUUUUGGUCUUGCGUGACGGUCGGAAAUUGAUUGGUGUGUUGAGAAGUUGGGAUCAGUUCGCAAACCUCGUGCUGCAAGAUACUAUCGAGCGACUCUACUCCGGAAAUCUUUAUGCUGAUAUCCCGCGCGGGAUAUUCCUUGUCCGCGGCGAGAAUGUGUUGCUCCUUGGGGAAAUUGACCUGGACAAGGAAGACGACGUGCCCCCUCACCUCCAACGAGCGUCGUUCCAGGAAGUCUUUGAACUCAAGAAGCAAGAGGAGACCAAGCGCAAAUCUAAUGACAAGAAGCGCCACGGCAAGUUACAAACCCUGGGAUUCGAGCCGGAGCACAGCGGGGAGAUCUUGUUCUAGAAUGCCGCAGGCCCUACCAUUCCAUCGCGUUCCACCGGGUAACGGUCUGCGUUCGCCAUGAUGGCCACCGCUAGACAUGAGAGCAGAGGCAUAGGUUCAAUUCGAAAGGGCGGAACGGAGGCUCAGUCACCGGUAAGCUUGUGGUCUAUCGAGACCCCGGUUGCCCUCCAGGGACCGUCGCAGGAGCCAGGUCGCUGGUCGUCGAUCUCAGAUAUCGACGGCGAUGUAACCUGGAACUGUAAUAAAAGCAGAAGUGGCGGUGGCUCUGCGAAGGGCUAUGAGAACUAGUGGUGCUCCAAUCGAGCGAGAUUUCCAUGAAUUCGAGGAUUAUAUGGCUGAAUGGUGGACGAUGUGCGGACUAGACCGGACGAGAGCAGAGUUUUAUCGUUCUCUGAUUCCGGUCGACCAGCGUGGAUGAUGGUCAUGUUUUGACGAGUCUCAUGUCUUAUUAUAACUUCUAU